AUGCUGCCCCGCCGGACCGGACCCCUCUCCGCGGGAGCCGAGAGCCGCCCGUACGUCUGGGUUUGCCGGCGGCUCCGGGGAGGGAGGGAGUACGAGGCGGGGGAAUCCCGGGAAAGCAUCCAAGCAGAGUUCUGUGUGUGCAAAUACUGUGAAUCUGUGGGGUGUGGGAAGGGGGCUGUGGCUUGCCAUGGAUGUACAUCUUUAUCCAAAUGUGAUUGCAGUGGAGUAAAAGGUGAAAAGGGUGAAAGGGGAUUCCCAGGCUUGGAAGGACAGCCAGGUUUGCCUGGAUUUCCAGGACCAGAAGGACCACCUGGUCCAAGAGGCUCAAAGGGAGACGAUGGUCUUCCAGGGCCUAUUGGACCCAAAGGAAUCAGAGGACCACCAGGGCUUCCCGGGUUCCCAGGAACACCAGGACUUCCUGGACUGCCUGGACAAGAUGGGCCACCAGGACCUCAGGGUAUCCCAGGAUGCAACGGAACAAAGGGAGAGCGUGGAUUCCCAGGCAGUCCAGGUUUUCCUGGUUUACAAGGGCCUCCUGGACCUCCUGGUCUGCCAGGUAUGAAGGGUGAAGCAGGUGAAAUAAUUACAUCCUUGCUGCCAGGACAGAAAGGUGACCCAGGAUUUCCAGGUCUUCCAGGGAUACCUGGUCCACCUGGCUCCAUGGGAAUACCAGGUCCAGUUGGCCCUCCUGGGCCCCCAGGUUUGACAGGACCUCCUGGUCCACCAGGGCUGCCAGGACCCAAGGGUAAUAUGGGUUUGAAUUUCCAAGGACCCAAAGGUGAAAAAGGUGAACAAGGUCUUCAGGGACCUCCAGGGCCACCAGGACAAAUUGGAGAACAGAAAAGACCAAAUGAUAUUGAGUUUCAGAAAGGAGAUCAGGGUAUUCCAGGUGAUCCAGGCCCACCAGGACUUCCUGGGCCACCAGGCCCUCCUGGUCUUCCCGGUGGUGUAAAAGGUGAAAAAGGUGAGCAAGGAGAACCAGGCAAAAGAGGAAAGCCUGGCAAAGAUGGAGAACCUGGUCAGCCUGGUAGGGAUGGUUUACCUGGUGGGCCCGGAAUAAAUGGUGCUCCAGGAAGAGAUGGUCAAAAGGGUGAAAAAGGUGACAUGGGUCCCCCUGGUCCUCCUGGAAUUGUUGUUCCAAGACCAGGCAUUGAUGCAACAGUGGGGCCAAAAGGUAGCAAAGGAUUGCCAGGACUUCCAGGAGCCAAAGGGGAGCGUGGGUUCUCUGGUAGGCCAGGCCCACCUGGCUUGCCAGGAUCUCCAGGGAUCACUACUGUUGGACCUCCUGGCCCACCUGGCUUACCUGGUGAGAGAGGACAGAAGGGAGAUCCAGGUUUACCUGGGGUUUCUAUUCCUGGGCAACCAGGAGUUGAGGGACCACAAGGACCGCCGGGACCACCAGGUCCCCCAGGGCCACCUGCUCCAUCUGUUGCUCCUGGUGAAGGGUUAUGUGAGCAAGGGCCACCAGGUCCUCCAGGAAUUCCAGGACAACAAGGCUUUACAGGGGAGCGAGGCCAAAAAGGUGAUCGAGGAGACACAUGCUUCAACUGCACAGGAACUGGAGCAACUGGUCCUCCUGGGGAGAGAGGACCACCAGGGCCUCCAGGUAGUCCAGGUUCUCCUGGUUUUCCUGGACCAAAAGGUGAAAAGGGGCUUCCUGGAUUAACUGGCCUUGUAGGGCCACCAGGCUUUCCAGGUACCCCAGGUGCUCCUGGCAGACCUGGUCCUAAAGGAGACCCAGGGGAUGUCCUGACUUCUCCAAGAAUGAAAGGUGACAAAGGAGACCCUGGCUUCCCAGGACCUCCAGGUCUCCCUGGAAUAGAUGGCACUCCUGGACGAGAUGGACUGCCAGGUUUGCCUGGCCCUAAGGGGGAACCUGGAAGUGUUGCAUUCAAAGGAGAAAUGGGUAUUCCAGGUGACCCAGGGAUACCAGGUCUUCCUGGAGAAAAAGGGCUUCCUGGACCUCCUGGUUUUGGUCCACAAGGCCCACCUGGUGAAAAGGGCAUCCAAGGUGUAUCUGGCCGUCCAGGACCUCCCGGUGUUCCAGGUCCAAAAGGUGACCCUGGCCAGACUAUUACAGAACCAGGAGUUCCAGGUCCCCCUGGUCCUCCAGGAAGAAAUGGUGAUCCAGGUCUUCCAGGAGAUCCUGGACAGCCAGGUCAGCGUGGUUUACCCGGCAUCCCAGGUGCAAAGGGAGAGCCAGGUAUUCCUGGCAUUGGACUUCCAGGUCCACCAGGCCCAAAGGGUUUCCCAGGGACUCCAGGCCUGCCUGGAGCUCCAGGAACUCCAGGUCGCCCUGGUCUGGAUGGACCUCCUGGACCACCAGGUUUCCCAGGACAGAAGGGAGACCGUGGAUUUGGAGUUCCAGGUCCACCUGGGCCCCCAGGACCCCCCGGCAUAAAAGGAGUUCAAGGACCUAAAGGUGAUCCUGGAUUCCCAGGAAACCCUGGUGUCCCAGGCAGGGCAGGCUUUGAUGGAACCCCAGGGCCCAAAGGUGACCCUGGACCAAGUGGACUACCAGGACUUCCAGGCCCACCAGGCACCCCUGGCAUUGGUGGUCAAGGUCCUCCUGGAUCUCCAGGACCUCCAGGUCCUGUUGGCCCCCCAGGUCCCCCAGGGUUGCAAGGCAUUCCAGGGGAGAAAGGGGAUCCAGGUCCUCCAGGCUUCGAUAUUCCUGGUCCUCCAGGUGACCAAGGAGCUCCAGGAUAUCCAGGACCCCCUGGACUACCAGGGCCUCAGGGCUCACCUGGGCCACCUGGCAGGGAUGGAAUACCUGGGCUUCCAGGUGCCAAAGGUGAGAUGGGCAUCAUGGGAGCUCCUGGUCCUCCAGGGCCUCCAGGAACUUCUGGAAGAAGUGGUCUGCCUGGCUUGAAAGGUAAUAGUGGAUUACCUGGUCCACCAGGGCCUCCUGGACCAGUGGGGCAGAAAGGCAUCAAAGGUGAAGCAGGUCUGCCAGGUCCACCUGGAACACUUGAUCCCAAACAGCUGGGAGCAAAAGGAGAAAAAGGAGAGCCGGGUGUUCCAGGUAUUCCUGGUUUGUCAGGCCAGAAAGGUUAUCAAGGUCUCCCGGGUGACCCAGGCCCACCAGGACUUAGUGGCCCACCAGGUGUGCCAGGAUUGCCAGGCAUCAAGGGAGACAUGGGGCUUCCUGGGCAGCCAGGACCAACAGGACCUCCAGGAUUAAAAGGAGCUAUGGGAGAGAUGGGCCUGCCAGGUCCCCCUGGGCUUAAAGGCAGCCAAGGAAUAGCAGGACAUCCAGGGCAGCCUGGGCCUGCAGGAUUUCCUGGACUGAAAGGGCAGAAAGGUGACCCUGGUCUUUCAAGCCUUGGUAUUCCUGGUCCCCCUGGACCAAAGGGAGAUCUUGGCUUGCCUGGAUACCCAGGUAGUCCAGGCUCUAAGGGUGUAGCUGGAAAUCCUGGUUUGCCUGGAUUUCCAGGCAGUCCAGGUGCAAAAGGAGAACCAGGCCUUCCUGGAUUCCCAGGAACACCAGGAAUUCCAGGACCAAAAGGUAUUGAGGGCCCUCCAGGUAAUCCUGGCCUGCCUGGACCACCUGGGCCAGUAGGUGAUAUUGGUCGUCCUGGCCCUCCUGGUCCCUCAGGGGAAAAGGGACAACCUGGUCGAGAUGGUAUCCCUGGACCAGCGGGUCAGAAGGGUGAACCAGGUCUACCAGGUUUUGGGCGUCCAGGACCCCCAGGACUCCCAGGAUUGUCAGGGCAAAAAGGAGAACUGGGGUUACCUGGCCCACCGGGACCCCCUGGACUUCCAGGUCUGAAGGGAGAACCAGGUUUCCAGGGAUUUCCUGGUCUGCAGGGUCCACCAGGUCCACCAGGAAUACCAGGACCACCUCUGGAAGGUCCUAAAGGUAGCCCUGGCCCACCAGGUGUCCCAGGAAGGCCAGGUCCCUCAGGGCCUCCAGGUCCACCAGGCCCAGAAGGUCCACGAGGGCCACCAGGCAGUGGAGGACUUAAAGGGGAAAAAGGGAACCCAGGUCCACCUGGUCCACCUGGUCUGACUGGUCCAAAGGGAGAUCAAGGACCACCUGGACGCCAGGGGGAUCCUGGUCGUCCAGGUCUGAAUGGAAUGAAGGGUGACCCUGGGGUUCCAGGCGUUCCAGGUUUCCCAGGUAUGAAGGGUCCCACUGGACCCACAGGAUCCGCUGGCCUAAUGGGCAGCCAGGGACUGCCAGGCCCACCAGGUCCACCAGGUUUACCAGGUACUAUUGGACGAAGCAUUGUUGUCAAAGGUGAUCCUGGUUCCCCGGGUCCUCCAGGACAGCCUGGGUCCAAAGGGCCACCUGGAUUGCCAGGGCCACAGGGAUUGCCAGGUCCAAUUGGUCUUCCUGGUGACCCAGGGAGAGAUGGACUUCCUGGUUUUGAUGGUCCAGCAGGACGAAAAGGAGAGAGAGGUCUUCCAGGCCAACCAGGUUCACGAGGAAUACAAGGACCUCCUGGUCCUGAUGGCUUACAAGGCCCACCUGGUCCUCCUGGAACAGCUUCUGUUGCUCAUGGAUUCCUUAUCACUCGGCACAGCCAGACCAGGGAUACACCACUAUGCCCACAGGGAACAUCAAGAAUAUAUGAUGGAUUCUCUCUUCUAUAUGUGCAAGGAAAUGAGAGAGCACAUGGCCAGGAUUUGGGUACUGCUGGGAGCUGUCUUAGACGUUUCAGCACCAUGCCCUUCAUGUUCUGCAACAUCAACAAUGUUUGUAACUUUGCAUCCAGGAAUGACUAUUCCUACUGGCUCUCAACCCCAGAGUCAAUGCCGAUGAGCAUGGAGCCACUGACUGGGCCAAGCAUCCAGCCGUUCAUCAGCCGAUGUGUUGUAUGUGAAGCUCCUGCUAUGGUGAUAGCUGUCCACAGUCAAACCAUUCAGAUCCCUUCAUGUCCUCCAGGCUGGGACUCCCUCUGGAUUGGUUACUCUUUCAUGAUGCACACAAGUGCUGGAGCAGAGGGUUCUGGACAGGCCUUGGCAUCACCUGGAUCCUGUUUGGAAGAAUUCCGCUCAGCACCGUUCAUUGAAUGCCAUGGUCGGGGCACCUGUAAUUAUUAUGCCAAUUCAUACAGUUUCUGGCUGGCAACUGUAGAGGUGUCAGAAAUGUUCAGCAAACCUCAGUCUGAGACACUGAAAGCUGGAGACUUGAGGACGCGUAUUAGUCGUUGUCAAGUUUGCAUGAAGACCACGUAA